GAUUUAAUGAUGCAAAUAAUGUGGAUAGUGACUGGUGCAAGUAUCAGUGACCGGGGGCUUCCAGGAAUACAAGUAGCGAUCAGGUUCUUGAGAAAAGUUGUGAUCGAUCCGCACCUGAAUACACGAGGUGCAAAACGGCAGGAAUCGGUCAGUUGCCAGAAAUAAGUCGCACAGCUUGAACGCUAGUGGUUUUACGAAACCCCGUCGCGCGCCCGUCUGGCAUGAGCUUGUCUGACAACCAUCGAUUCUCAGGCUCAGACCGAAUUUGCCCGAGACAACCGUAACGCUCAUUUCAUCCACUGAACUAUCAUGUCCUUCAUCCGAGCAGCGACGCUCGCCCGUUCUGUGGCAACGAGCAGCUGUAGACGUUAUUCGACCGAAGCUGGUGCUAAAAAAUCAUCCAACCUCGGAUUUUACCUUGGUGGCGCUGGUCUUGUAGGUCUCGGCACGUAUGUGUACAUGGGCUUUGGCAAAGGGGAGGCAGUAACUGCCAAGAAGGACCUGAAGAGUCCUCUUGACCCGUCAAAAUUCAUUGACCUCAAACUGAAAAAGGUGGAGCCUUGCAAUCACAACACCUCUAAGUUUGUGCUUGAGCUCGAAAAGGGCGAGGCUUCGCUUCUUCCGAUUGCUUCCUGUGUUUACAUCGAAACUCCUGAUUUCAAGGAUGACAAGGGUCAACCUAUGUGUCGCCCGUAUACCCCCAUUUCAGCGUCUGAUUUGGAGGGAGAGCUCACUUUUAUCAUCAAAAAAUAUGAGACAGGCGUGGUCUCCAAACACAUUCACUCUCUCAAGGCUGGGGACAUCCUCAGAAUUAAAGGUCCUCUGCCAAAAUGGCCUUGGAAGAUGAAUGAGCUGGAAGAAGUCGGCCUCAUUGGUGGUGGAAGUGGAAUUGCUCCACUCUACCAGAUCCUACAACAUGCUCUUGCAGACAAGACGAACAAGACGAAGUUCAAACUUUUGUAUGCUAAUGUUACUGAGCAAGAUAUCAUACUUCGCGAGGAGUUCGACGCCAUGAAGAAAAAGUACCCCGAAACUUUCGAUGUCGUAUAUGUCCUCGACAAGGGCGAUACUAACUGGAAGGGUCCCACUGGAUAUAUUAGCGCUGACCUCAUUAAGCAGCACGUUGCUCCGUCAUCACUGGGCGAGAAAGUGAAGGUCUUCAUCUGCGGUCCGCCUGGACAGGUUGCCUCGAUUGCAGGCGCAAAGAAAGGCAGGGAGCAGGGAGAACUAAAUGGUGUUCUCAAGGAACUUGGUUACACCAAAGACCAGGUGUAUAAAUUGUGAGCAGCAGAUAUCAAGUAGAUCUAUAUAGAAGUCCUACGACGAUCAAGUGUCGAAACCCUUUCUUGCAAUAGAAUGCGAGCUGAGGUAUCGAAACCUUAUUUCAAUCACGUUAUUCCAC